GUAUCGUUCAUCUGUAGUUUGUUGUUGUUGCCUGUUGUUCUAUUAGACAAUGGACGCUGCCAGCAGCACCCGUAGCAUCGACGACGACAAGUCUGGGACAUCCUCCUCCUCCGUGGCUGCUGCCGAGUCCAGAGACGAGGCCUCCAUGGAAGAUGGCGAUGGAAUCCCGACGAUGACGACUGUGGUGGAGAGUGAGGACGCGGCUGUCCCUCCAUCUACGAAAGCCCAGCUACUGAAGGAGAUUGAAUUGUUUGAUGGGAAUCUGGCUCCUGUGAAAAAGAGGAAUUCCAUCCAGCAUGACAAUGAUGUACAUCCUGUAGUGUCCAAAGACUGGCUAGAGCGUGAAUUUUCCUAUUUGCAGCGAGAAAGAAACACCACGGCUACUACAUGUACUACUGUGUCCAAGACUGGACUGGAGCGGGAGAUGGAAGCCCUCAGUCUCAUUGGAACAACAAGAGAUGAUGCUCUACCGGUACUAGAUGGAAGCAACACAAGCAACAAUAGCAAUAGCAGCAACAGCCGACCAAGAGGACCCAUACUGUCCAAAGAACAACUGGAAGCCGAAAUGGCAGAACUGGGACAAGCCAUGCCCGUGCCAAUGCUAAUAAGACGAUCCACCGUACCUGUAGUUGAUGUUCCAUCAGCACGCGUACAUGUACCAUCCAGAACAUCCCAUGCCAGACCAGGUGCGUAUGCCAGUCGACGCAUUAGUGCUACAGCAGAUCCUCAGCGGCCAAGACCACAACUACCACAGUCAUCGACACGCAGUCUGGUAGAAGCCAAUCCCGUGGAAGAAGAAGAAGAAAACAAUCCCAUUGUCGUCGUCAUGGCACAUCCGCAAGAAACGCACAACAAGAAAUUGCAUUACGUCGAAGGAAUUUCCACGCUUCUGGUGGCACUGGUUCUAAUCCUCAUUGCCAUUGCCUCGCUCUGCGGCAAUGGAUUCUGCAGUAGCAAUAAUAAUCCAGUGGUGGUGCUUACCACCGAAGAAGAACGAUUGGCCGUUCGAAUCGAGACAGUGGCACCCCAAAUCAAAGAGUUUCUACAAGAUGCACUGAAGAAUGACAAUUACUUUUUGGGUCAAGAACAAGAAAAUGCAGCAUCCCUCAUUCAUCAAGACAAGUUUGUACGCGAGGCACGACAAUUGGCAUUCGAGUGGAUGGUACGAGACGAUCCACUCGAGCUCACCCAUGAUGAUGGACAACAUUUGCUCCAACGAUUUCUUCUCGUCUUGUUGUACUACCAAACAACGAGAAAUCAUCCCUGGGUAGAUUGCAAUCCAACAAUAAACAUCGAUACUACGACAGGUACCACUACUACUACUAGUUGGCAACGUUGUUGGACCGAUCGAAUAUCCGUGACGCCUCGUGGACGAUUGAGAAUGGGAACCAACCAGUGGCUUUCAAACAACCACGAGUGUCAAUGGGCGGGGGUCUCCUGUCGGGAGGGGGGAUCCAACCAAAUUGUGGCUCUUGCGUUGACCAUGAACGAACUCAACGGCCCCAUGCCACGAGAGCUGUCGCUACUAUCCAACUUGGUAGAGCUAGAUAUGAGCGACAACCUGCUCACGGGAACGCUACAUUCCACCUUUUUGACCGAUUUUGGACCAUCGCUGCAACAAAUCAAUUUGCAACAAAAUCAAAUGACGGGAACCAUCCCCAACGAAUGGUUCGCGACGGCUUCCAUUAUUCGAGCUUUGGAUCGACUCACCAGCGUGUCACUCUCGAGAAACUUGCUCACCGGAACGAUUCCCGACGACACUACUCGCAGGGCACUCCAGACGCUGUCCAUACAAGACAAUAUGAUUUCGGGGUCGUUGCCACGGUGGAUAUUCAAAAACGUCAAUCUGCAGUAUUUGAUGUUAUCCGGCAAUGCGAUCACUGGGACAUUGCAUACGGAGGUUGGAAAGCUGCAACGUUUGAACUGGCUGCAGUUGCAAGGCACCAAAUUGUCGGGCACGUUGCCAUCCGAAAUUGGGCUGUUGAAUCGACUUCAGGAUCUUUCUCUAUCCUACACCUUUUUGAAUGGAUCCCUCCCCGAGGAACUCUACACGGGAUGCACCAAUCUACACGAACUGGAUAUCAAUGAUUCCGAUUUCUCAGGUACCAUAGGGUCAUCGUUGGAUCGUCUCACCAAUUUGGGUCGAUUGGACAUUGCCAACAACCAGUUUCAAGGAAGGCUACCGGCGAAUCUAUCGGCAUUGACCAGCAUCUACCAGGUCUAUAUCAAUGGCAAUGGGCUGACGGGGACAAUGCCACAAUCGUUGUGUCACAACUUGAUUGAAUAUGGCUGGGCAUUGGAUAUGAAGGCGCAAGCGGACUGUUUCACGGAUCCCAGCACGGGUUCUACAGCCAUUCUUUGCGAUUGCUGCACAACCUGCUGUGAUCCCAAUACGGGUAUCUGUUUCCUAUCCGAUUUCGGCCGAGUUUCGAGUUGGGAGCGAAACCGUGGAAACAGACAACUAGCUACUAGCUAG